CAACACAAUUUAUUUUGUUCUAGGGACGACACAUGCUUAAAGAUGAUUGGUCAGCUUGUCCGAGUUGUAAUUUCCCUGCCUUGUAUUCCGAGAUAAAAAGGUUGGUAGAAAUAUCUACAAUAAGUUUUACCUUGAGGCCAUAUUACACGAGGCAAUUUUGCUGCAACUAAUUGCAACGCAAUUUCGAUAACCGAGCCAUGUUAUCUAAAGCACAGUCACAAGGAAAUUGUGAGUAUUUGAACAUAUUCUUUGAGGCAUGAAAGAAAUUGAGGAUGAUUGGAUGAAGAAUGUCGGUAGUAAAACGUGGGGUUUUGAUAACAUCACUCUAUCCAAAAGUGCGUUGCGAGUGGUAGCAACAAUUUGCUCGUGUGACACGUCAAAAUUAAUUUGCAGAAUCAUCAUUGUUAGCCUUAAGUGCUUAGUCUAAAUAUUAUACCAAAAUACUGAUGUUAGGGACAGUGGAAGACACAGAAAGGAAAUGUUAUGCUUAUUGCAUCGCGUUAACCAGGCUUUAAUCCAGACAACAACACAACGAAAGCUUUUCAAACCAAAUGAUAUACCAAUGUCACAAUGACUACACCAUGAAAAGUUCGUAUAGAGCUAUCAGUGAUGUUUAGAUUUGACUUCCACUGUUCCACUAUGACCAUUGGUCCGUUAAUGGUAGUGGAAAUCAAAUCUAAACUAUUAUCUAGUGCCCAAACUGACCUAACUUGCGAAUUUGCAUACUCUGCUCUGCAUGGUACACGCAUAAAAACGCGACCAAGGUUAUGCUGACCCUAAGAACAAGUUGUCAACAAUGUUGUUACAGAGUUGUUACAACUGAACAAUUCUGUAGCAACAUUGCUGACAACAUGUUCUGAGGGUGCAGUACAAACUUGUUCAAGCCUAUCGACAUCAACCGGGAACAGGUUGUUCGUUUUUACGCGUGUGCGUGAUUGUGUAGUAUAGCUGGGGUCAGUUGUAUAAACCUCUGGGGCCAGUUGUAUAGACCCUGGGGGCCAGUUGUUCGAAAGCGGGUUAGCUUAAUCCUAGGUUAACGAAAAACUUCAAAGCAAACUUCCUAACAGCUUAAUGGUUAUAAACGUGGAAAUAUUUUUUUAGAAAUCUUGUCAGGAUCAAUAGAAGUUUUAUUUUCUAAAGUUUUGAAAUAAACAGAUUUGCAGUUGUAUACCCAAACCAAAAACGCGGGUUAAGUUUUAACGAGGGUUAGUGCUAAUCCAGCUUUGAACAACGCCCCCUGCAGCUUCAAAAAUCAUGUCAAGGAUUAUUAACGUGUCACGGAUUAACGUGACAUGAUUUAAAGAAAAUCAUAUAAUGAAACACUGCCUCAACUUUUUUGUUUUCCAGUUUUUUAGACGGUGGGGAAGGUGUUUGUCCAAUGUGCUCAGAAAAAAUAAACUUCAGCGAUGCAAAGUUUAUCAAAGAUCCUGUUCAGUAUCUGAAAAUCGAUGAAUCAGAAGCUUGAAAUGAAACAUUCCACAAUAUAUUUCUUAGAUUUCUUCGUUAUUUAUUAAUAGUUAUUAAUAUAUAUAUAGCAAAAGCGCUUUCAGUUGUACAUAAAUGUAAAUAGUGUAAAUCAUGUGACAGUUGUUUUCAGAGAUUACUGUACAUUCCAAUUUUACCGGUAACACACGUGAUCAACCUAUAAAGUAGUAUAUUUACAAUUUUACACUAUGCAGUUCGGUCUGGUUAAUCUUAUAUGUAUAGUCUGGUUUUAAUAUAUUAAAAAAACAAUGAUUAAAAGUGAUUGUGCUUUUUCUAUACAUUUAUACUGUACUUCAAAAUUAAAAUCUGUAUACCGGUAAUUGAAUACCAGAUCUUCAUUCACUUUUAAGUUCAAAAGUGGAAUAUUUCGGCCAAAAAAGGUGGACGAUGUAUACUUGGAAAAUCUCAUAUAAUAUACAUGACUUGCAGUAGUUUUUUAAUCUAAAGCUUGAUUGCAUGGGAAUAUUGGCAAAAGAUGGACCAUGUAUACUGUGCGAAAUACAGAAUGUUUCGCAUAAGAUACUUGAUCUGCAGUAUAUUCUUUAUAGAUUAAAACUUCAGUGGAAUACUCGGCCAAAACACAGGAUGUCUCAUGUCUACAUUCAUGUUAAAGUGUAACUGUAGAGAAGUUUCUAAACUUUCAAUAUCGUGGGCUGAUCGACCAUACAAUGUUUUCAUUUCUUGAGUUCGUAAAACACCUUGUUGUUGUGUUGGCGGUACUGUCGUUGCUUCAAGGGCGAUCUCAUUCACU